UAACUAUAAUGUGCAGUGAAAAAAAAUAAAAUACACAAUGUCGAAUUCAGUGAGCAUAUCAAUCGAAGCUCCGAUAGAGAAUCAAAUUCAAGAAAUAACCUACGAUGGCCAAGAGAUAUAUCAAGCGCCUCUGUCUAUGUCAGAAAAUCUAACUCGGUUAGCGCAAAAGAUAGAUUUUUCGAAGACUGAAGAUGACUACAGUAUUGUCAAGAAAGAAGGUGAGAGCAGUUCAGAGACGAAAUCUGAAGAUGAAAAUAAGGAACCUGGGUACCAAUCGAGUCUGUGGCCUUGGGACUCGGUACGGAACAAGCUGAGAAAUGCCCUGACUGAAGUGUCCGUGCUGGCGGAUGUGAUCACUAUUGCAAAGGAGAAAAGGUACAUGGUCCUAGAUCAAAUACAAGCAGAUCAAGUGGACAACCGUCCCAUGGUUCAAGUCUAUGGACGUAAAAAGGCUUUAGCGGCAGCAUCAGCAGUCCUUCUAGCUGGUGUAGAACGUCUCCGUGCGAGUGAGACGAUGCGCGUUACGCGGAACAUGCCAGAUUUUCAUAUAGAUUUGUUGCGAUUACGACAAAAUUGGAGACUCAAAAAAGUCGGGAAUACUAUUGUAGGUGAUUUGAGCUACCGUACUGCUGGAUCUAAGUUCAGCCAGACUGGAGUUUUUGAGGUAACGAAAGCUCCAGAGGAUCAAAUAGCUCAAGCUAUGAGCUUAAACGCAACUGGCCCGACACCGUCCGCACUGCGUGUUACCGUGCCUCCCGAGCUCCAAGGCGUCGCUUUCAUAUCUGUACUUUGUCAAAAAGAACAAGAAGACGUAGUAACAGCCACCCUAAGUUCAGCUGCACUGAACUGCCCGGGCACACUACCAGGUGAUGGGGCAGAGCUGCAUUGGCAACAGAAACUCGAGGCGGCUCAAAAUGUGCUAUUUUGCAAAGAAUUGUUCGCGAGGCUAGCCGCUGAAGCCGUGCAGUUAGACGCUUCCAUACCGCAUAUGGUUGUUGGGAACCAAAUUAUGGCUACUGUGUUACCAGGUAUUCAGUUAUUAAUAGGACUUUGUCACAAUAAUGGACAAAAUCAAAACACAAAUCCAGAUGGCACCAAGGCGGAGGGCGGUUCUGCAGGGGCGGGGGCGGGCGCGAAGUCGGAGCACGACCACGUGCUGGAGCACUCGUUGCACCAGCUGCUGCGCGCGCUGCACCACGCCAACACGCACCACCCCUUCCCGCACCCCGCCACCGGCCCGCUCGGGCCUUCCAAACGCCGCUGUCUCGCCGGUCCAAUGGCGGCAGACAGAUACGAGCUCUUGGACAUGAGCAAAGAACAAUCUCUGCUGGAGCAGAUCAUCCAACAGGCGCAGCACUUCUUCAUGCGACGACGAAGCGAGUAUGUGCUCGACACCAUUGCCAAAGAGGUGAAAGACCCUCUGAUAGUGUCGCAUUGGAACGCGCUUAAUAGUCCCACACAAUCUUGUGUCAAGAUCAACAUUAUGGCUUACGGAUACGACGCGGUAUGUCGAACUUCACUAGUCGUGCACGUGGGUGAGAAAACACUCAAGUGCAUCUGUCGAGAUGGGAAAGUGAGACACCUCUCUUAUGAAUUGCAAGAGCUUAGAGACCUCAUAUAUUGCCAGAUUUACCAACACCAGAUGACAGCGGUACAGGCAGUGGGCCGCUGCAUGGGCUGGCAGUUGUUGGCCAGCAGUGCCCACCUCGGCUCUGGUCCUGUCGAGCCGCUGGGAAAUGCUUCGUCGUGCCUGUUGGCUUCACCAAAUGGUGAUCGGAUGAUUGCAAUAAGGUGUGAACCUUCUGUCGGUAUUCAAGUCUUCAUUGCUCAGUCUCCAAGAAAAGACUUGUUUUCGAGCGAGUUGGUUCAAGAUAAGAAAUGGGAGAAUCUUGGAGGUGCUUUCAGGGAGAUCAAACUCGAGAAAAUGGAGGGAAAGAACUUCCUCAAUAAGUUAGAAUUACUCAUGGCUUGCCUAAGCAGUCCAUCAUAAUAAAUUUUAAGUAAUAAUCUUAU